AUGGAGACGAUUAUGCGCUCGGGUGUGGGGGUGGAUUGCAAACCCGGGCUGGGGGGCUAGCACGUGUGAAGGCGCGUGCGAGGGGGCCGGUGAGUGUGCAAAGCCGGGCUCGGGAGGAGCGAGUGUGCGAGGCAGGUGCAUGGCCGGGACGCGGAGCUGGCGCUGGAACAGCUGCAGCCCCUCGCUGCGGGCACCGCCCCUGGACUUCUCCUUCCGAGGCAUCAGCUUCCUCCAAGACCUGCAGACGGAGGAGCCGCGGGCCGGCCCGAGGGCGAUCCCACGCUCGGCGCAGGGCCGGAUGCUGACGCGGGCCGUGCGCCUCAACAACAACACGCUCAACGAGCUGACGGACCUGGGCCCUGUGCUAGAGCUGCUGCUGGAGAACCCCGAGGAGCUCUCCUGGCUUGACCUCUCCUUCAACGACCUGCCCACCAUUGACCCAAUCCUGACCACGUACCGCAACCUGCACUGCCUCCAGCUGCACGCGAACAGCAUCCAGGGCCUGGACGAGGUGGACAAGCUGGCCGUCCUGCCCCACCUGCGCAGCCUCACGCUGCACGGCAACCCCAUCGAGGAGGAGAAGGGCUACAGGAGCUACGUGCUGUCCACACUGCCCCAGCUCAAGUCCUUUGACUUCAGUGCCGUGACGAAGCAGGACCGCUCCACCGCCGCCAUCUGGAAGCGCAUGAACGCCCAGCCGAAGAAGGCCAAGAAGAGAGAGCAUUCCUGAGGAGGCCUCAGGCCGGGCACCACAGCUGCAGAUCCACAACUGGUCCAUGGCCCCCUCUCCAGCCUGGAGAGCCUGAAAGCCCCAUGGGACAUAAGAAUAAACCCUUCGCGCCGUGCUGUGGAGCAGAGCGUGAGUGACCACGGGCUGGGCUGAGUCAGUGCCAGAGAGCUGGGGCUGUCCUGAGAACAGGGGUAGCAACAGCAAGGACCCAGGUGUCUCAGGCUCCUGCUUUAGCCUGAGAUGAGUCCUACUUGCACUGUGGCAACCCCCAUCUCCAAGGCAGCUCCAAUCCUAGAGGGCAACAACCCACCAGCACCAUGCACCUCCAGAAAGCUCAUGUGUCCUUCGCCAUCUCAAGGAGUUUCCUAGCAGCCCUGGCCAUAAGCCCAUGACCAGAAGUCAUGAUCCCCUUCCCAGCACAGCAGCCCCAGAGACUGCUGGGCAGAGGCACAAAGCAGGAUCCACAGCCCAGAACCCACCUGCGUGGCUUGGUGCAGAGUAGGGGAGGGCCAGUAGCCCAGAAGUACCUUGCCCCAGGAUCCAGCCACAGCAAGGAGGCUGGCCCCUUUCCAUCCACCUUGCCCUUAGGCAGCCUGUCCCAGGCUGGCAGGUGCAGGCAUCAUUCCCUGGGGUGCAGGUAGCUGGCAGGAGCCUGUAAACCACAAGGCUCUUCCCUGCCAUUACAGCCCCUUUCUGGCUAAAGCCACCCCCAGCUCCCUGCUUCCAGCAAGUGGCAGGAGCUGCCCCUGCCAGCCUUGCAGCUGCCCAGGUGAUGGGGAUACAGAUUGCUCCAGGCAGCAACUGCAGGGAACAGAGCAAGCCAGCUACCAGAGCAAGCUACCAGGCUGGGGAUCUGCCUCUCCCCUAUGCAGCCCCAGAAACAAAGGACUUAGUGCUACAGAGAAGGGCAUGGGACCCUGUAGGCAGUGAGGGGACGGGGUGAUGGGCCCUACUGGGGCUAGUUUCACCCCUCCCUGGCACAACAGAGCAGCCCUCCUGCUGCUCUGAGUCCCAGCAGCUGGCCCAGGACCACAGGAGCCAGCAGCAUAGCCGGGAGGGGUAGAGGGGUACAGGACUCAGCUCUGCGCCUGGCUGAGACCAGCCCACCCAGAGGGAAGGCGCCUUCCUGCAGAGGCUCCUUAGGGCAUCGGGUCAAGGAAGAGCUCCAGAUAGGGCCCCGCACCCACAUUAAGGCACCUGUCCCCCACAAGGGACUUCUGCCACCAGAGCCUAAAGGUUGCCAGCUGGGACGAGAACACAGGACCCAGAGCAGUGGGGGACAUAAGGGUCCCAGCCCAGCCCCUUGGGUUCGCGUGCUCCUGCCUGCUCUGUUGCGAGAUGCUGCCCUGAGAACUCGGCUGGAAGGGCAUCGUGCUUGGUGCCCGUGUACUCUGCUCCUGCCACCCUGUGGCAGCGUCCUAUUAAACACUCAGCAAUGCACAUGCAUCCGGCUCAGACUUAGCCCCCAGUGGCAAUGACCCUUAAGACACAAACACCAGCCUGCCCUGCCCGAGUAGCCCAGGGGCUGCCCCCAGGCUGUCCCAGCACCCUUGCUCCCGGUUGAAUCUGAGCUCAUUUCACAAGGGCAGCUGCUGCUAGCGAUUCUCCCCCUCCCCAAAAGCUGCUCCUAAGGUUCAUUACCUUCCCUGCUAAAACCUGCCCCUAGCUGGUCUGUUUUGCUCAGUGAAGAACCUGGGGGUUUCCCCCUUCCCUCCCAGAGGCUCCCAGGGCUGGAGGAAUUUCAGAGCAUGAGGCUCUGCCAGUGCCCAGCCACAUGUGCUGGGGGAGAUGUAGGCUGCUCUGCUCCAAUGCAGGGAGCUGCAGCAGUCCUGCCAUUUCCACCUAUGGCUGGGUCUGGAUGUCCAGCUGAGAUCAGCCACCUUAGCGCACAGGGGUCUAGGAUCAGAACCCAGCACCUGCAGCCGUAGCCCAGGCUUCUCCACUGCAGAGUGGAAGGACUGCUCUAGAAACGGAGCUGGGGGACAUUUUCAGCAAAGCAGGAGGUGGCAUAAAUAGGGAUCAGGCAGCCAGGAAAGCAGAGCCUGGGAAUUGGGUUUCUGCCCAUGGGAGCAGUAGGGCAGGGACCCCCUUGCUUUCAUAAUGCAGCUUGAUCAUUGCGCUCACACCAAUGCAGCUGCCCAAGGUAGCCAGGGACUGGGGCAAACCCCUGUUUGCCUUGCUGCCUUGGGGGGGCCGGUUCCCCCAGCUCUGAGCUGCAAUGUUGGCCUGGGGAAGGGGCAGGGGGCACUGAAAAAAGCUGGACACUCCUCCCAGCUGGCAAAACAAGCACAGAGAUAUUCACCCACUAUCACAGGCCCAGACUCUGCUCAGGCAGCAGGCCAGAAGCAGCACGGGGACACAAGGACAAGCAACUGAGAGUGGGGAGAGGCAUGCAACGCUGCUAACACAGGGCAGGGACUCUCACUCUCCUGCCUGCCUCAUGCCCAGGCCUGAGGGUGCCACUGCCCAAUGGCAACAGCAGAGGCUCAGGGGAUGAAACAGAGAAGCCAGCACUCCAGGCCAGAAGCAGAGUGAGACCCACCAUGCUGAGAUGAUCCAUACCUGGUCCAGCGUCACAGAUCUAGUCUUUCCCAGGUAUCCUGCUCUGGAAACCAACACAGGCCUCCUGUCAACAGCACCUGGGUAUCGAUGAUUUCAAUCCUCCUGGCAGCUGCAGCAUUGGCACCAAGCUUAUCCAGGGACCAGGAAAUGAGUUGGCACAGAAAAGAGCCAGCCAGCUAACACAGGCUGCAGAAGCCCAAGGAGAUCAGACCAAGUGACCACUUCCAAUAGCAGCCAAAGCAGGGACCACGUUCCCAAGUCCUCACUGCAUCCCUCCAUCCCUCGAGCGCCGAGGGAGCUCCUGCCUCGCAGCAGGGAAAGAACACAGCAGGGACCUGGGGCUGAAUGAAAGGGCUUUAUCUACGGUGCCAAAAAAAAAAUUAAAAAACAAAAACAACAAAAAAAAAA